AUGGGAGGUGGUAAGGACAAGCAUGAUGAAUCUGACAAAGGGAUCUUUUCACAUCUUGCUCAUGGUGUAGCUGGUGCUGCACAUGGUGGAGGUUACCCUCCACAACAUGGAUAUCCUCCGCAGCAAGGGUAUCCUCCGCAACAUGGGUACCCUCCACAACAAGGGUAUCCACCAGCUGGGUAUCCUCCGCAACAAGGAGGGUAUCCACCUGCCGGAUAUCCACCACAACAAGGCUACCCGCCUGCUGGGUAUCCUGGUUCUUCUGGUCAUGGUGCUCCAGGGUCUCAUGGACACGGUGGACACGGUGGUAUGGGAGCAUUGCUUGCUGGGGGUGCAGCUGCUGCUGCCGCUGCUUAUGGUGCUCAACAUCUCUCCCAUGGUUCUCAUGGCCACCAUCCACAAGGCGGCUAUGCACAUGGUGGGUAUGGUCAUGUUGGUGCCCACAUGCCCCACGGAAAGUUCAAGGGUGGAAAGCAUGGCAAGUUCAAGGGUGGAAAGCAUGGCAAGUUCAAGGGUGGAAAGUUUGGCAAGCAUGGAGGCAAGCAUGGAUUCAUGAAGUGGAAGUAA